AGCGCAAACAGGGCGUGUGACUAAAGUUAUUCUGGAAAACCAUGACUUCGGGCGAAUAUGGUUUAUGAAGUGCUGUUCAGCAUGUUCACGCUGUAUGCUGCUCUUGCCGGACUCGCAGUCCUGCCGUUUCUCCUGUGUUCCUGGUUUCCUUACUUACUCCACGAUUUAAGAUACUUCUUAGCGGCAGUUCACGUUGGCAUUUUUAUUUCGAAAUGCAAACGAAAAAAGCCUUGUUAUACCAUAUUGGACUGCUUUUUGGACAAGGUGAAGAAGAACCCGAACAAAGCCUUCAUUGUUUUCGGUGAUGAAACAUAUAGUUAUAAGGACGCGGAUAAAGUCAGCAAUAAAAUUGGCAGAGCUUUGCUGACACACGCUCGCUUGAAAGAGGGCGAUACCGUCGCAGUUUUCCUCGGAAAUGAACCCCUGUACGUGUGGAUUUACUUGGCCCUGGCGAAACUGGGCUGUGUCGUUGCGCUGCUGAACUGCAACAUUAGAUCCAAAUCCCUACUGCAUUGUUUUUCUUGUUCGGGGGCGAGAGUAUUAAUAGCCGCAGCAGAUUUGAAAAGCGCCGUUGAAGAGGUGUUACCGGGGCUGAAGGAGAGUAACGCCUCUGUGUUCAUUCUGGACGAAGAAUGCGACACCCAAGGAAUAGAAACGCUCUCGGACAAAAUCAGUCAGGCCUCCGAUGAAGCGAUAUCCCCAACCUGUAGGUCAAAUAUUACUAUGAAAUCCCCUUCAGUGUACAUCUAUACAUCCGGCACAACAGGACUUCCUAAGGCUGCAGUGUUAAACCAUGAGAGGGUCUGGAUGGCAUCUUUUGUACAAAAAUUAAAUGGAGUGACCUCUGGCGAUGUGUUGUACAUUUACCUUCCUCUCUACCAUGCCUCUGGAUUCCUUAUGGGAUUUUGCGGUGCAAUUGAAAGAGGUGUGACCAUUGUGUUGAAACGCAAGUUUUCCACUUCCCAGUUCUGGGAUGAUUGCCGAAAGUAUAAUGUGACCGUGAUACAGUACAUUGGAGAAAUAAUGCGAUACCUUUGCAACCAACCGAAGAAAGACAAUGACCGAGAUCACAAGGUCAGGCUGGCUAUCGGCAACGGCAUACGGACAGAUACUUGGUCCGAGUUUCUUCAGAGGUACGGAGACGUACGAAUCUGCGAGUGUUACGGCGCGACUGAGAGCAAUGUUGGCUUUCUGAACUACAUUGGAAAACCUGGUGCAUGUGGACGGGAGUUUUUUCUGUAUAAGAUGUUUUGCCGGUACGCACUGAUUAAAUAUGACACAGAGAAGGAAGAACCAGUGAGGGACUCCAGAGGAUUCUGUGUGCAGGUGCCAAAAGGAGAGACCGGGCUUUUGGUGGCGAAAAUAACCAAAAUCGCUCCGUUCGCUGGAUAUGCUAGAAACCCGCAGCAAACUCAGAAGAAGCAGCUGAGGGAUGUGUUUCAGAAAGGUGACUUAUAUUUCAACACCGGCGACCUCAUGAAGAUUGAUCACGAAGGAUUCGUCUACUUUCAGGAUCGUAUUGGAGACACUUUCAGGGGGGAGAAUGUUGCCACCACUGAAGUUGCUGAAGUUCUGAUCAUGGUGAAUUGCAUUAAAGAAGCUAAUGUGUUUGGUGCCAAGGUACCAGGACAUGAGGGUAGAGUAGGAAUGGCUGCACUUUUGCUGGAAGAUGGUCAAAAUUUUGAUGGAGCCAGGACCUAUGAGGUUGUACAGUCCUAUCUACCCAGCUAUGCAAGACCGCGAUUUCUCAGAAUCCAGAGUUACCUGCCUGUCACUGCGACAUUUAAGCAGAUGAAGGUAAAGCUGGCGGAGGAAGGCUUUGACCCAGGUGUGAUUCGGGAUCCUUUGUACUUUCUGGACGACAGCAAGAAGAGCUAUGUUCCACUGGCACGGGACGUGUACGAGUCAAUAAGGGACGGCACGGUGAAGCUGUGAACAGUGUGCAAUCUGGGGAAUUGAGCUUUUAAUGACGACAAAUAAUGAGAAUACUUUCAAAUUUGUGACAACUAAAUUUAGUGUAGAGACAAAACAGCAGGAAUGAAAGCUUUUGUAAAAUGUAUUUGAACAAAAAGUAAGAAUUGCCCAAUUAAGGAAUCAUCAGUAAUGAAAAAAUAAUUUAUGGCAGUCAUAUUAGUGUUUUGUGAAAUAUUUCCACAGGUAUCACCUUAAAAAAUUCCAACGUUGUUGGAAAAAAUUGUUAAUAAAAUGUUUUGAAUGUUACACAA